AUGGUUAUCUCUGGAGGCUGUAGAAGUUUCUGCCAAGCAAAUGAGAUCAAAGCUAGAGAUCCCUUCAUGUUCAAACUGGUUAGAACUGCGGGAAAACCUGUUCUCUGUUUGUGUCCUACAGAAUCCAACCGUGACACAAGUCUAGCAGGGUGUUCAGAAGGUAACGAUGUCAAUCCUCUCUCUACAAAUCCUAGCAGCGGAAAAGAGGAUAGGGAAAGUGGAGAAAAGAGUAUUGAAGACAUUACUGUUAAGGAGGAGAAUGAAGAGGAGAGCAAGGAAGAGAGAAGAAGCUUAAGGGAAUGUUUGAAUAUAGAGAAAUGGAAGUAUUGCUCGAGCACGGGAGCUUCAUCCUCGUCAAGUCAAAACCGAUUUGUGACAUUAACUAUUACACCGUAUUAUAUGAAAAGCAAUAAACUGGUAAGGUUGUUUGUUACUCCACAGGCUUCCAUUUGUGUUCUGUUCAAUCAUUUUGCGUUGCUCGAAUCUUUUGCGCAGCUGCUUCCAUUACGUUUCACGCGAGUGAAUGAAUCAAAGUAG